CUGUCAAAGUUGUAUUGAAUUGUACGAACACAUACGAUGUUUGUCAAUAGCCUUGCAAUAACCAGCUAAUGUAUUUUAGCAUAUUGUUCAAGAAAAUUGAGUUCUUUAUUGUUACGUUACUAAAAAAAUGGUAGACGAAGGUACGAGAAAAACACUCAGUGGCAUACCAUUGUUACAGACUCGGGCAGGUCCUAGGGAAAAAGAUCUCUGGGUGCAACGAUUGAAGGAAGAAUAUCAAGCUUUAAUUAAGUAUGUUCAAAACAACAAAUCAUCCGAUUCUGAUUGGUUCCGGUUGGAGUCGAACAAAGAAGGCACCAAGUGGUUCGGCAAAUGCUGGUACGUUCACAAUUUACUGAAGUAUGAGUUCGACGUCGAGUUUGACAUUCCAGUUACAUACCCAACGACGGCACCGGAAAUUGCUCUUCCCGAGCUUGAUGGCAAAACGGCGAAAAUGUACCGAGGGGGGAAAAUUUGCCUAACGGACCAUUUUAAACCGUUGUGGGCGAGAAAUGUACCGAAAUUCGGUAUCGCACACGCCAUGGCAUUGGGUCUGGCGCCUUGGCUGGCAGUGGAGAUUCCCGAUUUGAUAGAGAAAGGCGUUGUAGCGUACAAGGAAAAGGGAGCGACUUCUGGCUGAUCGAGAUCCUAGGAUUGUGUUGUAUGUCUUGUUGUUCUUAGGCUUAAUUUAUCAAUAAAUUGAAUUCCAGCAACUUAAAAGUAA